AUGACUCGGGUGCCCUUCGGAGCACGAUCUAGCCCCUUCCUUCUGUCGGCCACGAUUCAACAUGAUUUGCGAUUUGCUGAGAAGGAUUAUCCACAAACUGCGGCACUCCUGGCUAGUUCCUUCUAUGUAGACGACCUAGUAGUCAGCGUGGAUGCUCCAUCUGAUGCCGUCACGUUGUACGAGCAGACACUGAGCAUAUUCGAAUCAGCUGGCAUGAAAGUCAAGAAGCGACUAACCAAUGACAACAACCUGUUGCAACGGAUGAUAAAGGACGGGAAUACGACAGUCGAUUCAGGACAGAAUCUUACGAAAAAGGUACUCGGAUUGCUGUGGGACCAUCAAGCUGAUGAGUUUCGAUGCUCACCGGUGUCUGCUUCCGAAAUGCCGUCGCAUAAGAAUAACAAGAGGCACGUGCUGCAGUCGGCCUCAAAGAUCUAUGACCCUUUCGGACAGCUGGGGUCGUUCACCAUUACCGGAAAGAUACUAGUACAAAGUGUUUGGGAAGCUGGGUUUGAUUGGGAGGAUCCUUUACCGACUGACAUUGAGUCGACUUGGAAGGAGUGGUGCAACGGAUUGUCUGAGCUCUCGCAUGUGUCCAUUCCUAGACUGAUCAGAAGUAACAACGACAAACUCCCGAAGUGGCUGUACAUUUUUGCAGAUGCCAGCCCAAAGGCGUACGGGGCUGUUGCAUACGUGGAUGUACCUGCAAGAGAUGCCUGCUCUAGCCCACGGUUCCUCCUUAGUAAGAGCAGAGUCGCUCCGCUCAAACGCCAUGCCUUGCCUCGUCUUGAGCUCAUGGCAGCUGUCCUUGCGGCGCGCCUGUCUCGUUUUAUAUGCGAAAGCCCUGCACGUACAGCUCGAUUGCCUGUACUGGACUGA